ACACAGUCAGCUUACGUACGUGUAUGAUCGACAUUCCACUGAUCACGGUGCAGAUCUACCCAGAGAGCGGAGAACUGCUCGGAAAGGGCUCAGUUCAGUCUUCACGACUUCAGAUUAGCAACUGCCAGCUCUCUGGAAUAAUUCUGCUCAGCCACAAUUGCAAGUAAGUUAGUGGACAAAUACGACCCCAUCGCCUCGGACACCUGCCAGGCAUCGAGCUUCUGGUUACUGAUCACAAGUGGCGCUGAUUGCUGUCUAGCUACUGUACUCUGUAGAUCUACUGGUAGUAGUGGUACUAGUACAGGUAUCACGAACCAAUGCGUGGUGGUGACUGGGGGGAAGCAUACCAAACGAACUGUUACCUGCAACGAGCCAACAAUUCAACACUGAGUGUGAGCCGUACCGAUCCAGCACAGCAUGCUAGGACUACAGUGGCACUACUACUAAAGUACUACUACUAGUGGGGAGUAGGAUUGUGGAAACAUAAUUAUUGCGGUGAGGCAACGGUGGAUCGGUGUGGCGCCGGCGGCUGGCCAGAGUGCAUCUCUUACUCUGAGGAAAUACAUCCCACGGAGGAGGUGAGGAUCGGAGCAGCGUCAGUGGCAGCUGAAUAUUCACACCGUCACUGCAUUUGCAAGCCAGUGUCACAUUUUAACAACAUUACGUAUCGAACCCGUACCGUACGGUCUGUGACGGAGCAGGACCAUGAGCUGCAGCUAGCUAGCACACUUGCUAGAUCAGUGGGGAGUUAUGAGUGAAUGAUCGUCGUCGUCAAUAUCAUCUCACUUUUAGUCCAUGUGUACAUGCAGACAUUACUCGUAAUACUCGGCACUUGGCAGUGUGCCGUGUGACUCGUGGAACUGCCAGAGUGUGAAACGGCCGUGUUCGCAGAGAUUCCGACGCCCGCGCGAGCGGGGAGUGUAACUGUGAGAGGUGGUGGCUAGCUUAGCUAGCAAACCGACCACAAAUCUACCAGUGCCACGUGCUCGAUACUAGCAGCUAGUCAGUAACUCUUCCAUCGGCUUGUAAGUCACGCUCUUUUUCGCAGGUUUACCUGCUGAGCUGAAACAGAGAGAGCGACUCCAACAACCCGAUAAUCAAACGGCAUCUUUUAGAAGUUUAGUGCUGUGGUGGGACCGUUUGUCAUUGAGCGGAGAUCCUCGAGAGAGGACUAAACGACGCACUCAUCCCCCGUAUUGCUUACUGUGCUUGCUGUGACGAAGUCGUUCAUCCGCAGCCCUCGGCCAUACCUAUCAUCUGAACGGGAUCGAUACCCACGUCCACGUUACACUACCUCGGGUCUGUGUACGUAUUCUAGAAAAUAUGUGUACCUGCGCUGCAGCGCUACGCAGCUAGCAGUGGGAGCUGUCUGCAGCUAGCUGAGUGCAUGAACCGCGCGGUACUCAUCGCGAGCAGGCUGCCAACCACCCAGUAGUGUCGAUGUGUACGUGUCGGCGUAUCUUCCAAACUGAACGUGAGCCUCUUACCCAAAGUGAACAUCAUUCGGAAAGAGCUACGCGCUGAUACAUUAGUGGCAUAGUGCCACCAGCGAGGAGGUAACGGGCAAACAGAUUCCAAUGCUAACCGGCAAUAGCGUGUAAGUUUGUUUACGAAGAGCUACGAAUCCAACAUUGAUCCACCAAACCUCUCGCAGGAACCACUUAGCAGGGACACAAUCACCUACGAGUUUGCUGCCGCUUGUUCAGCUAGAUCAAACUUGGAUUCCUCUCGACCUGGUGUUGUGUCUGCAGUAUUCAGUGUCGACCUCGACAGUUUGGUGACAUGUCAAGUUGGUUUGAGUGGUGGUGAAGAUCAGUGCGACCGGGUUCUCUAUGUUACCGGUGGAUUCGAGCGCAGUUUCUUGAUAUUCCGUUUCCCUUCAUCUGCUCUUCUCGCUACACGGUCAACACGAGUCGAAUGCUGCUUUCGACAAACAUCUAAUCAAAUGGUAUUAUAUGAGUUAGUUCUCAGUGUUUGUUAGUGCCCCACAAAGCUGAAUUGCGAGUGGGAACUGAGACGAGAAUGGAGCAUUCUAUACCCCGGCCGAGCAAGAAGCCAAGGAUAUGCCAGCGAUGCCGAACACACGGCAAAGAGGAACUUUCCACAUCGGAGCACAGAGGAAGCUGUCCGUGGAAGGAUUGCCAGUGCGGCAAAUGCCAAACUAUCCAGAGAGAAAACCUACGUCACUCCGAGUACAAUAGAAAAAGGAGAGCGGAAAGAAGAAAAGCGAGUGAAUCUAAAAACUACUAUUUAGCCCAUCCCCAUUCAGGUCAUCAUCAUCUUAUUCAUCAAACAUCACCACAGCCGCAGGCUGCGCACAGUAGCUUAUACGUCUUGAUGCCUGAUGGUCAAGCAACCAGCGGCCAGGGCCAACCUUACAUACCGCAACAGGUGAAGCCUCCAGAUUACAUCCAGCAGCCCUAUAUUCCACAACGUCCGCCCCUGCAUGUACCGUCGCAUACACAUCCACAGAUGCCUCACCAUCGGGCAAACGAUCCACAUAUGCCUCAUCAUCGGGCUAGCGAUCCGCAGAUGCCUCACCAUCGGGCAAACGAUCAUCCACCAAGUCGGCAUGGCCCGCCCUUUUACGGAGAGGGGCCAGCUCACCAUCCACAUCCACAUGUUACUAUGCCUAGGAUGUAUCCUCAUGCGCCUUAUCCCCCAAGUGCAGUCUAUGUUACAAGACCUGCGGCGACACCGGUCACAACGUAUCCUGCCAAACGUGCACGGAGCAGCAACUUGGAUGCGGAUGAAGCAUCGGUCGAGCCUCCGCAAAAGGUUUCGGCGCCAAGGCUAUCGAGUCAGUCAUCAGAUGUAGCUCUAGAUACCGAUGUAUUCGAGCCCAACGGUCACCAUGAGGAAAAUCUGAGCCCAACAGGGCAGUCGGAGAGCCUUGGGUCAACAGGUGGGUCAUCUGAUGAAGGAUCUUCUAGCAGUGAUAGAUCAACCGCAGCUGGACAUGCGGAGCCAGGACCAGUGGAUGGAGCACCUCCGCAUACCUCUCCGCCACCGUUAACGUCGAGUGGCUAUGAUCCAGAAGUGCAGCCGCCGCCUGAAUCCUGUAGUGACAUUGACCAGUCACCGGUGCUCUUAGAUGAGGGAGAUGAAAGUGCACAGGAAGCCUCCUUGCCAGAUCAUUACAGAAACGAUAACGUGCCGUGGAGAUUAAAAGAAGACCAUCCAACGCCACCGGCACCUCUCUUAGUAAAGCUAUUAGAUGAAAACCCAGGCAUAAACUAUCACAUGGCACUCAUGUACCUGACAGCAUGUGGCGGAGAUGUAGACAAGGCAAACCAAGCUCUGCGGGGAACCCGUAAGCCCAGCACUAGUACAUCUUCCAACUCGUCUGACUAUCCGGGACAUGGUAGUUCGGAUACCUCAGAUAUAGAAGUGGAUUGUGAGGAGGAUCGUCAUCGACGCCGUGCUGCCUUGUCGCGGUAUGGUUAUCGCCUUGGGCAACCAGGUCAAACGACAGAAAGGGUAGCUGAUUCCUGGUCAAGCUCAGACUGCUUAUCUGAACAGGAGGAGGAUCAGGAGAAUUCGGGGCCGGAGAACCCCCGUUCUUGCAGAGGUAGUAGACGCUGUGUGCGCUGUCGGUCCUGGUUUUCUAUUGUGAAAACGAACAACACCUCACUGUGCGCACGGCACAAACUAUAAAUCUCCUUCUUCAUAGUUGUGGUGUGGUGUGGUGUGGUGGGGGUCUAUAACAGCAGUACCAACAUGCUGUGUGUAAGUGUGUCCUGUUUUGAUAUGAUCGGUUUGUUCGUCGGUGACUCUUAGGGUUUUAUAUGUUUGGCUGUUCCAAUAUCCGGUGGGUGAAGGAAGUGAAUGAAAUAUUAUUGUCUUGCAGUAUUGGUGUGGGUGACACACACAACUCAACUCGGUCAACUCCGUUCUAAUAGGAAAUUCUAUUUCUCAAUUAUUAUUAUUAUUCCCGUUGCUGCAUGCUUCUUCCGGUGAGUGGCCGAGCACAACGCGGACAUUUUCUUGUGAUCGGUUGAUCAUAACCAUGAUCAUGAACAAUAACGGCUUUCUCUUUGUCUUAAUCUGUGGAUGUAAAUGCUAUUUAUACUGGCUGUGUGGUGAAUUGCUUUUUUGUUUGGUUUUGGUGACAACAUUACUUGUCCUACUUCGAUGGAAAACUCUCUGCUCUAUACGAGUAUGUUAUGAUGUGUAUGCUGUCUCUAGAGAUGUGUGACUUUUUCCCUGCUCUGAAAUUAAGUGGCGAGCGUUAAGUUGUGUCAAGGCUGUGUAUCACUUGUCCUACUACGAAGUACAACUCACUGCUCUACAUGAGUAUACUAUUAAGCAUGUGUGCUUUCUCUAGGGACGUGUGACUAUUUUCUGUGCUCUGAUAUAAAGUGGUGAGUGCUCA